AUGGUGCUUACCGUGCUCACCGUCUUUCACUUCCUUCGUAAAUUUAACGAUCGUGAAUGUUGUUCGCUUGCGAUAUUCGACUGUUUGAAGCACAUUAGUACGCUGAAUCAACUGCAGGAGGAGCUGCGCACACAGCACCGGCUGAACCGCCACCUGGCGGAGAACGUCGGCGACCCGGGCCGCUCGAUGGCCGCCCUCGCCAACCUGGACACCCUGCGCACGGAGCACGCCUCCCAGAGCAAUGUGCUUGGUUACUUGCAAGAGUGGAUCCUCUGUUCUUGGUUAAAUGCAAGAGUGGAUCCUCUGUUCUUGGUUAUAUGCAAGAGUGGAUCUUCUGUGCUUGGUUACAUGCAAGAGUGGAUCCUCUGUUCUUGGUUAAAUGCAAGAGUGGAUCCUCUGUUCUUGGUUAUAUGCAAGAGUGGAUCUUCUGUGCUUGGUUACAUGCAAGAGUGGAUCCUCUGUUCUUGGUUACAUGCAAGAGUGGAUCCUCUGUCCUCUGUUACAUGCAAGUGUGGAUCCUCUGUUCUUGGUUAUAUGCAAGAGUGGAUCUUCUGUGCUUGGUUACAUGCAAAAGUGGAUCCUCUGUUCUUGGUUAUAUGCAAGAGUGGAUCUUCUGUGGCGCCACCUCUGACCGCCGCCACGACUCCGCUCUUCCCGCAGGACUCGCACAUCCGCACGCUCGAGCGCGAGGUCAAGCUGCUGCAGGACCAGGUCACCAGGGGGCGCGCCGACGUGGCGGCGGCGGCGGCAAGCAGCGUGUACGACCUGUCGUCCGGCGUGAUGCUCGAGGGAGAGCGGCCGCAGCCGGACGGCAUCAGCAUGCGAGAGGUCGACGAGCUGCGGACCCACGAGAGGGCGCUCAAGUUCCGGCUGGAUGAGUUGAGGGCGGACAUCUCGAAGAGGGAUUCUCAGCUGCUUGCCGCGCGCACGCACAUGGAGACACUGAAGAAACAGCAGAGCGACUAUCAGCACCACAUCGUCGUGCUGAAGGAAUCGCUCAGCGCCAAGGAGCAACACACGAGCAUGCUGCAGACGGACCUGGAGACACUGCGGAUGAAGCUGGAGGAGAAGAACGCCAUCAUUGAGCAGAAGACGCAGCAGACGCUCGCGGCGACGUCCGAACGCAACCGCCUCGCCGGAGAGCUGCACGAACUACGCGACCACAUGGACAUCAAGGAACGCAAGAUCAACGUACUGCAGCGCAAGAUCGAGAACCUCGAAGACCUCAUCUCGGAGAAGGACAAGCAGCUAGAUGGCGUGAAGAGCAAGCUGUCGCUGCAGCUCGACCAAUCGAGCGACUCGGUCGUCGCCUCUCUCGAGGACGCUGUUCGAGACAAGGAGCAGCAGAUUGACCGGCUGAAGGCUCAGCGCGAGCGGCUAGAACGCGAGCGCAUGGACGAGCUGGAGGCCCACCAGGGGGCGCUACGCGACCAACGAGACCGUGCUGAGCAGCUGCAGGCUCAGAUAGAUGAGUAUGAUAGCAGACUAAGAAGCUGGGCAUGCAGAAGCGCGAGCAGAAGAGGAGCGUCCAGCUGCUGGACGAAGCGAAGAAACGCGAGGGCGACAUGAAGCAGAACGGCGUCGACAUGCAGACGACGCUGAAGCACCGUAAUGAGCGCGUGGAGGAGCUGGAGGAGGCGCUGCGCGAGAGCGUCAAGAUCACGGCCGAGCGCGAGGUCGCCAUCGCCGAGUAUCGCAACAAGCUGCGAGACGUCGAGAUGCAGCUCGAGGACAUGCGGAAGCAGCUGGAGGAGGCGAACGAUGCGAAGAAGUCGAAGGACGACCGACUGCAGACGCUAAGGGCCGAGAGACACCGCCAGCUAGCCGAACUAAGCGAGAUGAAGCAAGAGGCAUUGCGAGCAGCAAUCAGUGAAAAGGAUGCGAACAUUGCUCUCCUAGAGAUGGCUUCACCCAACCCAAAUCAUCCCAGAGCUAUCGAGGAUAUCAAGCGACUCAGGAAAGAGAGAGAUGACUUAAAGAAAAAGUUAAAGGAAGAGUCGGAACGAGGCAUGCGGCUCAUGAGCGAGUUCAAGGAACACGAGAAGCAGACGCUGGCGACCCCUAGUGGACCGGCGGGCGAGGGCAAGACUCCCGACGGGGGGCAUGUCUGCUGACGGUCAUGCGUCGUGGCGGUCACCCUCAGACCGCGUCGCUCUGUCGAUCCGCUCUUCCAUCCGUCGAUCGUGGUGUCGGGCUUGACCUUCUCUCGCUGUGGUGGUUGCACCUCUACCGGAGAUAAUAACAGACGCGGUGGCGGGCGCUAACACGGAUGCUCUUCUGUCCGUCGAGACGGCGAGAGGUUCCGGAAGAUCGUCGGCUCGCGUCCGCCAUCUUGCGCGACGGAAAGCGUGGCGAUCUUCUCGCUCUCGAGGCGGAACUAACAAUGCACCGCCCUCUGUGGGCGACGCGGGGAACCACUUUGCACUUCGCGUCGGAACUAACACGGUGUGGGUGCGGUCGGUGACAGGGUCUUUGUAUACUGGUGGGUGGGGAUGGUUUCGUGGCUGGCACUGUGCUGUCUGCUACUGCACACGCUUACAAUCAGAGCUGCAUUCCUAGCGUAAUUAUCGUCGUCAUCAUCGAUCAAUCGUCAUCAUCGUUAUUAUUAUAAUUAUUAUUAAUAUUAUUAUCAGUUAUUAUUAUUUCCGGCGCGCGUUUGAUCGUCUCCUGCCUCACCUCCGGCCUAGCUGUGACGCUAUCAGUUCAGCAUUGUAUUUCAGUUUCGGGCAUUUUUCGGGAGCAUUGCGCAUUGCGCAUGGUAAUUUGACCUUUAUUAAUCCUGCGUAAUGUGUAAGGGGCUGGACGUUUGCUAUAGCGGUGGAUGUCUACCAUGCUAGACCGCAGUACUGCGCUGUGUGCGGUAACGAUCGCUUGCCUCCCUCCCUAGUCUAGCCCGCUUUAUUUUUUGUCGGGACGCCGCCGCCGUCGUUUCAUUCUUCUUUUAGCGUUCUUUUUCGCGUGAACGUUUGCGUCGGUUGAUCGCGUUUUAAGCCACGAGCCAUGAGUACGUUACACACUAUACUAACAGACACGGGCGUGCGUGCGUGCGUGCGUGACACGUCGUCAGUAGAGGUCGCGAUUGAAGGUCGCGCCUCCGCUCGUCGCGCCAAGAGCCGUCCAUUCCCGCCAUCGGAACGGUCGCGUGUUGCAUACAACGGUCGCGUGUUGCAUACAGCGGUCGCGUGUUGCAUACAGUGGUCGCGUGUUGCAUACAACGGUCGCGUAGCACCCACACAACGGUCGCGUGUUGCAUACAACGGUCGCGUAGCACCCACACAAUGGUCGCGUGUUGCAUACAACGGUUGCGUAGCACCCACACAAUGGUCGCGUGUUGCAUACAACGGGCGCGUGUUGCGUACAACGGUCGUGUAGCACCCACACAACGGUCGCGUGUUGCAUACAAACGGUCACAUGUUGCGUACAACGGUCGUGCAGCUCGUACACCCAGCAGGCGAGCGUGUGCGUAGUGAUAGGAUAUCAUCGUCGGCCGUUACCGGCCUGCAACCCAUAUCAGAUUAGAUGCAGUGGCUAAAGUAAGAAUUAUAGUUCUGUCGCGUGUCGCUCGCGCGGUGGAUGGACGCUGCGCGGGUGUACCAUGGUAUACAACCCCCCAUAACAAACGUCCCCCUCUACAUUGGGCAUGGGUACGUCUAGGAUGCAUUGCGAAUGUGCAAGUGGAUUCGACCUUCACUGCCCAUGCGCAAUGUAGUAGAGGGACAGUUGCCGUAUGCCCAUGCGCAAUGUACAGGGGGAGCGUCUGCUGUAAGGUAGUAUGUAUGCCAUGCUACACAAGCCAUCUUUAGUAUGUAGAUGUGAUGGUAGGGUAGGCUUAUGGGGUUGUAGGCGUGUGUAGGCUUCAAGUAGAACUGUGGUAGAAAUCUAGUGUGAUUAGUCUUCAGAUGUGUUGCACGGAAAUAUUGGUCAGUGGUGAAGUGGUCAUGUAACGUAAAUUGUGAUUGGACGCAUAAAUUGCAGACAGUUGUCGAUGGAGGCAGUGAUUGUCGGAUCUACGGUCAUAUGAUAUGUAAUCGAAACUGUGAUUGGCUGUUCUACGAUCACAUGUAUAGCAGGGCAAGUGUCGUCAGGUUCCAUUUGUAACAGCGGCAAUAAUUGGUUGUUCGGUUGUCACAUAUAUAAUCGAGCCAACGAUUGGCUAAUCUCCGGUCAUGCUGCUGUGUUUCUCAGUAUAAUGAUAUUUGCAGGGAAUAUUUUCCAGUGGCGGUGUAAUAAGUAUUCUGCGUUUCGACCAGUCGUCCCCAAUUUAUCAGGAGACAGGUCGAGAACCUCCAUAAAUGCCACGAUUGAUGAAGUGGUUGGGGAAAGGGACUGGGCUCGAUUCCCCGUGUCCCGGGUAAAAAAAAAGUCCCAGUUCCCGGUUAAUUGACAUCGUCCGGAUGGUUGUUAUUUCUGAAUCACGAAGAAUUUGGUAUUUCCCGGUUUCCAGAUAAUUAAAAUGGUCCUAUCCUGCCUCCCGAAAAUGAUCGUUCUGUCGACCUGUCAAAUAUUUGGGAGAUAUCAGAGUUACAGGGUCAAUAUGGAGCGCCAUCUAUCUGAAGAGUCCCUGACACAUGUAAUCAAUAGGAAAUUUAACCUGUUCUUGUGCGUGGAGUGUGCGAUUGAUACGUGAUAUAUAACGGGAGCGGGAUCACAUCUCAUAUCCAACUCUAACCGUGUAGCCCUUCUGGAGCUUCAGUGUAAACAGGGGUCGCCUGUAGAUGGAGCGAAGGGCCGCACGGGUAGAGCUAUCUCAUAUCGUGCCUGGCAGAUCUAGCGGGGGACGCUGCCCGGCCGAGGGCUGGCGUGGCAUGUCGAAUGGACAACCAUUGACUGCACAAGGCACCUGAUAGUUGAACACCCUGUGCAGAGGCCUUACGUAAGUUUGAACAUUUUUUUCGUAGGAGCCCAUGUGGCCAGUAAUAACCAAGUAGCGGGCGUCCUAUGGUAUAAAUAAUUAGCAUCACUGAGCUGUAGAUAUAAUAACAGCUGUUAUUGUAUGUGCAGCUCAGUGUCCAGUAGCGCCAGUGUGCACGAUGAGCCUAUGUAUGGGUGCAACCAUUGGCGGGUACAUGCAGGUCACUUGUGUUGUCAUCAGUAGUCGGUAAGAGAUGUCACCAGUCAUAUUCGCGUAUAGAAAGGACAGAUAUAUGUGGAUAUUUCGUUAUAUUCUUUCGGCGAUAGUUGUAGGUAGUUGGCAGGAGCGCCCCCCCUCCCCCGCUUGCUCCCGAGGUUUGUGAAAUCUGCUGAACUUCGCAUUUUUGUCCCCGUUUAUUAUUUUUAGAGCCAAAGUGUUGAGAGCGUUUUAUUUUAUGGCGAAUUGGUUUGUAUCGUGUGGUGUGUUAUUGAUUGAAAUAAUAUCACGUUUUAAUGUAAAAAUUGUAUAUAAACAAAAUUAUCAAAAAUACAUAUUUAACCCGCUAAAACUGA